UUUUAACCAAUCAGCUGCAAGUAAUGACUGACGCCGCCAAUCUUGGUUGCAGGAAAGAAACUAAAUAUUCAAUGUUAUAAUAAGUCUCACGGUAAAUUGGAGUGAAAUGCAUCGUUCAAAAUAGUUAUAUAAAAUAGAUACAUUUAAAGCUUUAGGCUGAUCGGAAUAUUUUUGUUGCAAAAUUACCGGAAAUAGAAACUUUGUCUUUGUUCUUCAUCAGGACCAUGGGAAUGUUUGGUCGCCAUCUUGUUUCCAAAAUUCCUCACCGGCCUGAGUAAAAUUGCAUUUUCUCACGGAAUAAUUGAUGGACAUCUAUAUAAACUAGUGGAAUUAAUAAGCGACCAUACUGAUCCCUCUUGAUGGCAAAUUCCAGUACUACACUUGCUAGUCUUUGGGACGACGGUCAACAAAGUCCACUUAAGGUAAUCCAUACAACACCGGUGAAGAUGGAAAGUGGUGCCAACGAACUCAAAGAAGAUGUAAUUAGAUUCUACAAAACUACUGGCCUUGAGGAUGUUGCAAAAGAGCAUGGCAUUGUGGAUGCAAAUGGUGAACUUGCAGGAUUCAGGGAACAGAGCUCCUCUGGAAGUAGGACAGGUGAGCAAAGAUUGAAGUUUUUUGUUUGUUUUUGGGCUGACAAGAUUGUUCAUAUAUAUGUUGAAACUAAUGUGUUAACAACUCAACAACAACAACAAUAUCCUGGUUCUCCACGAGUGAUCACAACGGCAUCUAGUCCACAUACUCCUGUUAUACAUGGGAAAAGACGGCACAGUGAAAUUGUUAUUGAUGCAGACUAUAUGGAUGGGAAAAGGUCAAAAAAGGGAGAGAAAGGAGGUAAAGGUCUCAGGCAUUUUUCUAUGAAAGUAUGUGAAAAAGUUCAGAAGAAAGGAGUAACAUCAUAUAACGAGGUUGCUGAUGAGUUAGUGGCUGAAUUCAGUGAUCCACGAAAUUUAUUGUCACCUCAAGAUGCAUAUUGUUUCCUAAAAUUGUAUUGUUUUCUUUUACAGCAAAUUGCAUUUAAAAAUCUAGUGCAAAGGAACAGGGAGUUGGAAAAAUCUCAGGGACCUCCACCACCGAACUCUGCAAUACAAUUGCCAUAUAUUAUAGUAAACACCAACAAAAAGACUGUGAUAGAUUGUAGUAUCUCCAAAGACAAAGAUGAAUAUUUGUUCAACUUUGAUAAUACAUUUGAAAUACAUGAUGAUAUAGAAGUGUUAAAGCGUAUGGGAAUGGCCUUUGGUCUCGAGAAAGGGUUGUGUUCAGAGACAGACCUACAAAAAUGUAUUCGAACUGUACCCAAAGCUUUAGAACCGUAUGUUUUUGAGCUGGCACGAGGCAGUAUGGCAAAUGCUGGACCAAGUGGAAUCAGACCUCCUACCUCAGGAAGUUCUCAAAAUAGAUCAAAGGUAACAGCUCAGCCCUAUCCAGUCUCCCUCACAUCUAAUUUUCAUAACACUAACAGUACUGAUGCUAUGGACUAUGAAGUUGCCAUGGCAACAGGUCAUACAGAAGUUGUUUCACGCGAGCCGAGCAUCGGUUCCUCGUCAUACUCUGAUGUACAAUCAAGGGGAGUGAUCGAAACCCCAUCUGAUGACUUUUCUGACGAUGACUUUGAUAGGUCAAGUCCUAUUGAAAUAAUGACUUAGUGUUUCAACCCAUUCAUUCUGUUGUAGAAGAAUAUAUAGUUUAAAUCAGUAAUGAAUUAUGAAGGAAGUCUUGGAACUGCUAGACAGGUAUAAGGACUGGAGGGCAAGAAGAAAUAGUUACCCAGAGUGUUGGUGUAUGGAAAUGCUUUGGUAUAAAGAAUCACACCCAAGUGUCAAAAAGUGUUGUGUUAUCAGGAUAGAUAAGAUUUCUGUUAUCUACAAGAUUUUUACCAUAAAUUUUCAAUCUGGAGUAAAUUAAUUUAAGAGUGUUUGUUUGCAGUGCUGGCUGUCAGUUAUAGAUAUUUUGUCUAUAUUGAUCGGAUAGUAAGACUUACCAGUAAAGCUUGCAGUAUGUAUAGUGUAGCAUUUAGUGCUGAAGCUAUUAAGAAAAAAAGAAAAUUCUUUUUUAUUAUUUUACUACAAGAAAAUAAAUAUUUUAGUUUAUUACAUGUACAAAGUGAUGAAGGUAAAACAGUUUGAAUUAUAUGAUAGGUUAAGAAUAGUGUUUUUAACAAUGAAUAUUUCACGAAAUUAAACCUAAGUUGGAGAUAUUCGAUAACAGGUUUCCAUAAUAGACUGUGUAUUUGAGACAAGUUUAUGUGAAUGUUUAAAUCAGUAUUGAUGAGAAAAUAGAUGCAGAGCUAAUGUACAACAAUUAUUUCUUCAUUCAUGUUUGAUUUAUAUGUAUUUUUAUAAAGAAAAAACGGCAUAAAAAAUAAUUAAGAUAUGAUGACACCAUAAAGUCUAAAUAUCUUAUAACAAGAAGAAUGUUAACAUGGGUUUGUUAAAUGUUGAUUGUCAAGGAUUGAAUAAUCAUUGAUACCAGCUUGCCAAUUAAUUUUGAUGAUGUUAAAUUGUCUGAAACACUUAUUUGGAAUAGCUUAAGGGACCAUAGCCUGGAAACGUCAGCAAUUAAUGGUCAUUAGAAUUGUAAAGAAAAAAAUUUUUUUUUUUUUUUGCAUUGAAUUGCAAAUUGUAGAUAUAGCAAUAGUAAUUGUGAUACUUUUCUUCCAAUUUUGUGAAAUCUGUAUGUUUUAUUGUUCUCUAAGAAUGUGACUAUUUUUUAACCUGUGAAAUGGAUUCCUAAAAUAACCUGUGAAAUGGAUUCCUCUCAAAAUACUUGAGAUAGAAAAAAUUGUUUAUACGAAAGAAAUGUAAAUUUGUCAUUUAUAAGUAUAAAUUGAUUAUUAAUAUGAUUUAUAACUGCUGAAUAAGUUCAGUGUAAAUGAUAAUAAAGUGUUGGAAAAUUUGUUUUUAUGUAGUAUUUAACAUUUUCUUUGUGAACUUGGUUCAUUGAACCCCAGUAAAUAUUUGAUUGGUAUAUUCAAGAACUUGUUCAGGAAUUUUAUUUUUCGAUACCUGACAGAUAGGUCAAAAUGGAUAUUUUUUAAUAUCAUAUAUAAAUAAGAAAAAUCUUUUUUAAUUUUAUUUAACAAACAUCAAGUUAAAGAUGAUACAAUUUAAAAUGUCUUGAUAUAAUUUGAAAAGAUGCCAACUGUUUUGUUGAUAAUAAAGAUACCAAUUACCUAAUUGCAUUGAAAAAUGUUAAUUUGUUAUAUUGAAAACAACAAUGUGAAGUAAAUUUUCCGUUUGUUAUAUUGAGAGGUGCAGAUCUCAAAGAAUAUAAAAAGUACAUUUUUUGUGUUAAAUUGAGAGGUACCAAUGACUUUUCAUACAUAGAGAGUACCAUUGAAUUGUUAAUGCUGUUUACAUUGAGAAGUCACAGAUUUAAUGUCUUAGAGAAAUCAUUCUUUAGGUAGAAUUGAGAGGCACUUUCUCUCUGUUACAUUGAGAGGUACUAUUUCUCUGUGUUGCAUUGAGAGGUACUAUUUAUAUGUGUUACAUUGAGAGGUAAGAUUCCUCUGUGUUACAUUGAGAGGUACUAUGUCUCUGUGUUACAUUGAGAGGUACCAUUUCUUGUGUUGCAUUGAAAGGUACUAUUUAUAUGUGUUACAUUGAGAGGUACGAUUUAUAUGUGUUACAUUGAGAGGUACUACUUGUGUUAAAUUAAGAGGUAUCACUGUCUGUGUUACCUUGAGAGGUUUCAUUUUGUUUGUUGCACUGAGAAGAGUACCAUUCUUUUUAUUUCAUUGAGAGAGGUGCCAGUCUCAGUUAUCUUGUUACAAUGAAGGCACCAGUGUUAAGACUGACGAAGAUUUAGCCAUAUUUACACUAUGUGUUCAUAUUUUUAGAAUGCUGAUAUUAAUUUGUCCCCCCAUGUUUUUGUUGUUAACUGCUUUCAUGUUUUGAUCAUUAUUCCUCGAUUGUUUUUGUUUUUGAUCAUAAAAUGGCCGCUCUUUUUUACAUUAUACAUGCAGUAGUGUAAUCAAACAUAGGUAGUUGCAAUUCCUAUAAAUUUUGCCUCUUUCUUUGAAUGUAUACCAGAUGACCUGUUUAAAUUUGCUGUAUAAAAAGGACUUAAUGACAGUUUUUGUAAAUCUAGGUGUUAAAAUAUGAAAUUGGCUAGAUUAAAGUAUAGUUUUCUUGUAUGAAUCUUGUAUGAUUUAUUUGAUAUUACAUCUAUAAGUAAGAAAAUCUUGUAUUCCAUUUUAAUAAGGAGUUUUAGUUUAAUACUGUUUGAUUUUUGUUUUACACUUGAAUGGGGUGUUCUGUUUUUAUAGUGUAAAGUAAAGACAGGGUUAGAAAUAGGAAGUUUUCAUAUGCAACAGUGAAGGUAAAAGAUUUGCUAGUUAAUGAUCUCAUCAUGAUAGGGAAAUUUUCAUCACCAUAUGUUCAUUGUAUGUCUUGGAAGAAAAUCAUUGUAUAAUUUACUAAUAUGUAAUAUUUAUCCUGCUUAAGUUACUCAAUCAACUUGUUCUUAUCCAUUUUGAAACUGCUUACUUGAAUUUAAAGGCCCAUUAUGCCUCAGAAUUGCUUUUUAUCUCUCAAAAGUUUUUAAAAUGUAGUGUUUUUAAUAGUACACAAAAAAUAAAUCAUUGGCCAAUUCCUGAACCAGAUUUUUUCAUCUGUUCCUUUUAGACAAUAAGUACAGUUACAGUCAAUAUUUUGUAUGGAAGUCAAAAUACUUCUUUGUUCAUUUCACAUUUAUCCCAACUUUCCUCAUGCAUCAAGCAUCUUUCAUUUUCCAAACUAUCAUUUAAACAUUUCAAAAUUCAGGUUUGCCCUUUCUAAGGAGGUAAAAAUUUAAUUUGUCUUUUGAGGCAUAAUGUGUCUUUAAAGGAUAUCCUGUGGAAAUAAUGGAAGUUGAUCGGCCAUUAGUAUAGACUAUUCACUGACAUGUCAGCUAUACUGACUCUAUACUGGUGACAAAAGAUAGACAGUUUCAGCAUGGUAAAAAAGGUUUACUUAAUUUCUUAUGUAUUCAUAUUAUCAUGGUAGUUAAUACAUGAAUAUUUGUAAGGUGUUAAUUGGAAUAAAUGUUACUGUUUACAAUUAUCUGACAGUUGUCCUGUAUAUGGUAUUUAUAUUAUUAAAAGCUGUUUUUACUGUAUGAUCAUUAAGGUCACAAACACAAAUACAAUAAAACUUGUUGUUUUUUCACAAUAAGGGGAAUUUUUACAUCUAGACACAUAGAAUGUUGGGAAUUGUUUAAUGUUAUAUCCACUGGACACUACAAUUGUAUGUAAAACUUGAAUUCUUUUCACUCUCUUGAAAAUUACAAAGCAUUGUACUAUAAAAUGCAACCGUUAAUUGCUUACAAAGUUUCUUGUUGCUAUCAGAAAUGACAAGAUAUGAAUUAAGUUUAUUUUUGAAUUCAAAGAUACAGAUAUUAAAGUUAGUUAACUAUUUGUUGUUAGCUAUGAAUGGUUUAGCAUUUGUUUGCGUUCAACAUAGUAUUUGGGUUAUAGUAAUCCUCCGGACCAAAAGCAUUUUUAAUAUAUGAACAGAAAAUUUGUUAAGUAAUUAUUUUAUUAUAAUAACAUCUGUGAUACAAUAACAUAAUAUAAACCCUGACCCAAUGAGCCUAUGAGUUAUUGUUGUAUGUAUGAUGCAGAGGAGAUUAACUAUAUCAUUUUAUAAAGUUAUGUCCACCCAGUCAACCCCUCAAUACCCCUCUAUACUGUCAUGUACUACAAAUUUGUUACUUGGAAAUGAUUUGACUGUAAUUUAAUGUAUAUUUUAGAAGAUUCACCUGUGUAUACUUUUUAUGUUGUGAUGUAGAUUAGACAAUAUUUAUCUUUGUUUAUCUUUGUGAUUUUUAAUGGAAUAUUGGUUUAACUUCACUAUUUCUUGCACCUGAAGAAGACAUUAAAGUUGAAUGUAUAACAAGAGUAGCCACAACAUCUGGGUUGAAGGGCCUGAAUAUUAUUGAACUGGCAAGUUAAGUUAAAACUGAAAAAUCAUCAGAAUUUUCCUUUAUUUUGUCUUAGAAAGUUUUCUUGUCAGUGAUUUACUGUAAGAUAUCUAAGCUAUGAACUAGCGUUAUGAUUUGGUAUACACUUUAGGUUAUAUUUAUGCAAGUUUUCUUCAAACAUAGCCAAAAAAAAAAACCAACAAAGAAAUGUUGAAUACAAUAAGUGGCCACCAAGAAAUCUGGUGUGAAUGUAUGUUUUAAAACUGUUAACAUGAUUUGCCAUGCUUUUAACACUAAAGGCCAGACUUGUGUAUUAGUGUAGAGUUGAAAUUUGAGGCGCAUCACGACAAAACCAACAUAGUGUGUUUGCAACCAGCAUGGGUCCAGAUCAGACAGCCUGCGCAUCCGCGCAGACUGGUCUGGAUCCAUGCUGGUCACAAACCCAUUAUGUUGGUUUUGUCAUGACGCGGCUCAUUUGUUUUUCAAUUUUUGUUUUUGUGUAACCUUUAUCCUGCUGAAGUCAUAAGAGACUUGGUAAUUUUCUUCUUGAUAUCUCUGAAAAUUGAUAAUGGACAGUCCUAAAAAUAGAAACUGGACAAGUUCAUGUUAGAAAUUCAGCAGGUGAACGGUUAAUUGUUGAUGUAUUACAUUUGUUCAUACAAAUAAUAGGCAGGUCUAUUGUAAAAUGUGAGAUUUUAGCUCGAUGUUGAUUUUGUUAAAAGUGGUGAAAGUCUAGUGUAAGAGAUGAUGGACCAGUAUUGCUGUCUUGUUUGUUUAUAGGUGUCAGGUGUUAGACUGUGUGAUAUUCACAUUAAUUGUUAAAUGUAUGUAUAAAAAAACAAUGUUUUGCCUUAAAUGAAAGUAAAAAUCAGGGAAUAAAUUAAAGAGGUAAUCUAAAAUAUGUUUUUUAUUUUGUUGUAAAUUGAUGUCAACAGUUAUUGCUAUGUACGAUGUAAAUUCUUCUCCAGAAAAUUCUUCAAUUAGUUCCGACAAGUGAAUUUAUAUGUACUGUAUUCAUCAGGAUAGAGGAUAAGCUUGUAAGGUUGAAUUUCUGGGUAAAGUAAUUUGUUGACUUUACAGUAUAUUUGUUAAGGUCGUAGUUAUAAAAAUUGUUUCAAGUCAACAGAAUUUUUAUUUUAGGUCAGAAAAAUUUUAAUUUUCAUUAUUUUGAAAAAUUUCACUGGUAUACUAAGAUGCAGUUAAUAGGUAUCAAAUUUGGUUGUCAAUCUUUUUUUUUUUUUUUGCUUGAAUGGCUUUUACUUUGUUUCCAGAUUUUUUAAAUAAAAAGAUUUUUUCUUUUGUCAGAAUUAAAUCUGCAUUUAUUGCUCAUUUUGACAGAAUUGUUGUAAUUUUUCAGUGAAAAUAACUGUAAUACUUAGUUGUCUGAUAAGUAAUUUCACAAUUUAGUUCAAUGAUUCCAUUAACAUGUUUUUUUAUCGAGAAAGGCAUUAGAAUUUCUUUAUGUUAUAACAAAAGGAAUUACAGAAGUGUUAACAUUUGGAGUAAAAAGUAAAUAAUGAUCAAAAUUACGGAAAAAAAAAAUUUCAAUUAUGAAAAAGAAUAGUUAUAUAUAUACAUAAAUAUUUUGUACUGUCUGUUGGUCAGUACAGUCUAGUGUUAUUGUUACAUGCCAUAUGUAUAAUGUAUACUUCUCAAACAUCUUCCUAUCUUGUAAUAAUGCAUCUUAUCUCCCAUCAUUGACAACGAUAUGAGCUGCGCAACGACAAAACCAACAUAAUGCGUUUGCGACCAGCAUGGAUCCAGACCAGCCUGCGCAUCCGCACAGUCUGAUCAGUAUCCAUGCUGUUCACUUACAAACCUUAUAACAAGUAGAGAAACUGAUAGCGAACAGCAAGGAUCCUGAUCAGACUGCGCGAAAUGCGCAGGCUGGUCUGGAUACAUGCUGGUCGCAAACGCACUGUUGGUUUUGUCGUGACGCGGCUCAAUUAUCUCAUCCUUAUCUCAUCCUGUUGAAGUUUAUUUUAUCACUUUCCAGAGAACUUGUUACGAUCAUGUUGACUAUUUUAUUACCAUAUGCAUUGAAUAAAUGAUGUACAAUUUCUAA